AUGGCUGCUUCGAUGACGCGGUUGAGAGCUUCGCCCAGCAGUUCUCGGCUGCACAGUAGCAGACUACUGCAGCCUCCAGCUAAGCAGUGCCGUGGAGCCGGUCACAGGGUAGCCGCCCCACCCAUCCAGGCCCCCGCCGAACUUGGUGGUAAGUGCAAGAACAAGAGGCCCUGUGACGGGCGACCCAGAGAUGGUUGGAGCCGCUCUUCAGGAGAUGGCUGUGGAGGAGCUGCACUGCACGACGGAUCAUGCUCUCCACGUCACCAAGCAAACCGCAUCUGGCCGAUGGCGGCAAUGGUGGCUAUGGAGCACCAUCUGUGGUUAAAUCUUGAGGACAUCAGGAGGAAGGAUAAGAACGUCCUUGAUGCUCUGCUCUCACCUUCUGGGCUUUUUGGCACAUUUGUUGAGGCGGUGGUCGAAAGGUUUAAGGAGGCGAGGGCGCAGUCUGCAGCCUUCAAGAGGAGCCUGAAAAAGUUCUUCGAUGAGGUGGUACUUUCCAUGGCCAGCCAUUUUGCCUUGUCAGGGCUGGAAACUCAAGGUUGGAGAGCCCCCAUGGACUGCCUGAGGGCCAGUGAGGUGUGCAACCAAAACUCACAGUGCAGUUCACGCUUCCGCAUCAUGCGCCAGUGCCUGGUAGGUCGUGACAGGACUACCAUGCUGGGCAACAGAGAAUGUCAGGCCGCUCUUGAGGUGCUGCAGGACAGCCCCCUGUAUGACUGCCGCUGCAAGAGGGGCAUGAAGAGGGAGCUCCAAUGUCUGCAGAGCUACUGGAGUAUUCAUAUGGGUCUCAAUGAAGGAGAAGAACUGUAUGAGACCUCCCCAUAUGAACCAAUGCAUCUCUCUGAUGAGUUUCGACUCGCCUCCAUUAUUUCUGCCAUGGACUCUGCUUCUGCAAAAGGGAAUCUGUGUUCUGACACAGGCAAGCCCUGCAAUCCUUGCCUGGAUGCAGCAAAGGCCUGCAACCUCAACGACACCUGCAAGAAACAACGUACUGCACUCAUGGCCACCUGCAGCUCUGCAACUCCCAUUCAGCAAGUGCACGAACCCUGCAACCGAAAACGCUGUCACAGGGGUCUGCGGCAGUUCUUUGACCGCGUGCAAACAGAAUUCAGCUACCCAUUGCUCUUCUGCUCCUGUCGGGAUAAAGCGUGUGCCGAACGUCGCCGGCAAACCAUCAUGCCUGCGUGUUCUUAUGAGGAGAAGACAAAACCCAACUGCCUUGAGUUAAGGAGGACCUGCCGUUCAGAUCCACUCUGCAGAUCCAGGCUGGCAGACUUCCACAUGAAUUGCCAGACGACACCGCAUUCAAUAACAAGCUGUCCUAAUGAUAACUACCACGGUUGUCUGGUGUCCUACGUUGGACUCAUUGGAUCAGAUGUGACUCCAAACUAUGUGGAUGCGAGCCACACCAACAUCACCAUUUCCCCUUGGUGUGGCUGUCGAGGCAGUGGAAAUCACGAAGCUGAGUGCGAGGCCUUCCUCCGAGACUUCAGAGAGAACACUUGCCUGAGAAACGCUAUCCAGGCAUUCGGUUAUGGCACGGAUGCGGGUCUAGUUCCCAUCACUGAGUCUCAGUCAGCAGUCCCAUCAGUACAGACCAAUCUGCAACCAGCUAUCAUCACCAAACAUGUCAUCAACUCAAAUGAUGUCAAGCAAAUAGACAGUGCAUGUGUUUUCUCCACAUGCGCCAACCUUCAGGACAGUGAGCAGAAGUGUUCUAACGGUUUUGAAUGCGCUGAUGAGAAUGUGCUGAACCCAAUGGAGGGAUCCAUUGACUCGGUGGGCUCUCACCAGGCUGACAACAACAGAGCCAGACAUUCAUCUGUGACUUCAAUCAGUGUUUCUGCCGCCACACUGACACUGGCCUUUGCACUGGUCAAUCAGGUUCUGUAAACACAGCCUGACUCUACAACACCAGGAAUCAUCUGAUGAAUUCUUCUGACCUCAAUCAAAGAACUUCUCUAUAGUGACAUUGAUCUCUCUCUCUCUCUCUCUCUCUCUCUCUCUCAGUGUGU